CAGAGGGUGACGUGUGGCGUAGAAGACGCGGACGGCCUGCGCCUGUCAGCCCCCCCGCGGUUUGUAGCAGAGGAGGAGCGGGCGCCAUGGCGGUUUUGCUAGAGACCACUUUGGGCGACGUCGUCAUCGACUUGUACACCGAGGAGCGGCCGCGUGCCUGCUUGAAUUUCUUGAAAUUGUGCAAAAUAAAAUAUUACAAUUAUUGCCUUAUUCACAAUGUACAGAGGGAUUUUAUCAUACAAACUGGCGAUCCUACAGGGACUGGCCGUGGAGGAGAAUCUAUUUUUGGCCAACUGUAUGGUGAUCAAGCAAGCUUUUUUGAGGCAGAAAAAGUCCCAAGAAUUAAGCACAAGAAGAAAGGCACAGUGUCCAUGGUGAAUAAUGGCAGUGAUCAACAUGGAUCUCAGUUUCUUAUCACUACAGGGGAAAAUCUAGAUUACCUUGAUGGUGUCCAUACAGUGUUUGGUGAGGUGACAGAAGGCAUGGACAUAAUUAAGAAAAUUAAUGAGACCUUUGUUGACAAGGACUUUGUACCAUAUCAGGAUAUCAGGAUAAAUCAUACAGUGAUUUUAGAUGAUCCAUUUGAUGACCCUCCUGAUUUAUUAAUCCCUGAUCGAUCACCAGAACCUACAAGGGAACAAUUAGAUAGUGGUCGAAUAGGAGCAGAUGAAGAAAUUGAUGAUUUCAAAGGAAGAUCAGCUGAGGAAGUAGAAGAAAUAAAGGCAGAAAAAGAGGCUAAAACUCAGGCUAUACUUUUAGAGAUGGUAGGAGACCUACCUGAUGCAGAUAUUAAACCUCCAGAAAAUGUACUGUUUGUGUGUAAAUUGAACCCAGUGACCACAGAUGAGGAUCUGGAAAUAAUAUUCUCUAGAUUUGGGCCAAUAAGAAGUUGCGAGGUUAUCCGGGACUGGAAGACAGGAGAGUCCCUCUGUUAUGCUUUUAUUGAAUUUGAAAAGGAAGAAGAUUGUGAGAAAGCAUUCUUCAAAAUGGACAAUGUACUUAUAGAUGACAGAAGAAUACAUGUGGAUUUUAGCCAGUCUGUUGCAAAGGUUAAAUGGAAAGGAAAAGGUGGGAAAUACACCAAGAGUGAUUUCAAGGAGUAUGAAAAAGAACAGGAUAAACCAUCUAAUUUGGUUCUGAAAGAUAAAGUAAAGCCCAAACAGGAUGCAAAAUAUGAUCUUAUAUUAGAUGAGCAGGCCGAAGACUCAAAAUCAGGUCACUCACACACAAGUAAAAAACACAAGAAGAAAACCCGUCACUGCUCUGAAGAGAAAGAAGAUGAGGACUACAUACCAAUCAAAAAUACUAAUCAGGAUAUCUAUAGAGAAAUGGGGUUUGGUCACUAUGAAGAAGAAGAAAGCUGUUGGGAGAAACAGAAGAGUGAAAAGAGAGACCGAACUCAGAACCGAAGUCGCAGCCGAUCUCGAGAGAGGGAUGGCCAUUACAGUAAUAGUCACAAGUCAAAAUACCAAACAGAUCUUUAUGAAAGAGAAAGGAGUAAAAAGAGAGACCGAAGCAGAAGUCCAAAGAAAUCCAAAGAUAAGGAAAAAUCUAAGUACAGAUGAAAGAUGAAGAGGCAGAAUUGAGUGGCUAAUAUAUUUACUCUUGUCUAACUUAAGAGUGCCAGGAAAGCAGAUGCUUAGAUUUUGUGUCAAAGCUUGUAAUUUUUUUCAUGUUAGGAUUAUGGCCCUUUAGAUUAAUACUGAUUAUAUAGGGCACUGAAAGAUAAAGAAUUGAACAUUUUCUUUGUAUACUUUUUUACAGUAAUUUUAUUGUUAUAUAUAAAUGGUAGUCUUCAUUUUUGAAGUCUUUUACAUUUUCCCUUUUUUUAAUGAAGUAUUUCAUACUACCAAAACACAUAAACAUGUAUAUAUAAAGGGAUAAUAAAUGUAAAUAUCUGUGUACUCAUCAGCCAGCUUAAGAUACAGAAUAUUGCCUACAUUUUAGAAGUUCCCUAAGGCCCUCUCCCUCUCAAAUAAUUAUUUGGAAUUUAGUGUUUGUCAUUUGCCUAUUAUAAUUUUACAACAUACAUAUGUAUCUGUAAGCGAAAUGUUAAUUUUGUAUGUUUCUGAAUUUUAUAUAAAUGGCAAAAUGUUUGUUUACUUCUGUGACUUUCUUUCAUUUUUAUUGCUAUAUAGUAUUAUAUGAAUAUACCACAACUUAUUCAUUCUUCUCUUGAUGGACAUUUGAGUUUUGUUUAUUUUUGUUUUUGCUGUUGAAACAAUGCUGCUGUGGACAUUGUAUCUGGGAGUUAUAUUGCUUGAUAUAUUGAUAAAAUAAUGAUAAAUUUGUA